AUGGCGCCUCAAUUCCCAUCCAUCCAGUCAUUCUUCCAAGUGAAGUCGUCGCCUAGCUCAAAAGAGCAUCAACCGCCGAGCUCAUCGCCUUCAGCAACGCCAGCCGGGGAUGGCUUUUCCACCGAGGAAGUCGACGCGGUCCUCCAUCCCACCAUUGACAGCUCAUGGACACCGACACAAGAAUACGAAGAGCAAGAAAUCGGUGAACUCGACGCUGGCCCUCGAUGCGUCACCUUCAUCGGCCGCGUCGUCAACCUCUACGACCAGGCCACACCGAGCAAAGCACCCAAAGCGGCGAAAGGCUGCAUAAAGCUGAUCGUGGCGGACAACACAGGCGCACUGACGGUCAGACUCUGGUACGCCAACAUGGACUACAAGCUCCACCUCGGCCAGCUGAUCUCUGUGUGGACGCCGCACCUCUCUUAUGGCGAGAACGGCACGCUGGCUCCAUCGAGCGCGCCGCUCUUCACGAGUAUCUUUCCUGAGCGAGAUCGGAAUUGCCAUUUCAAGAGUCAUGAGAACAGCGAUGAGGGCGUGCAGUGCAAAAAGCCGAUUGGGUAUAAGAAGGGCCAGCCGUUGCCGGGGCUGAUGACGCUGCAGAAUUUCAUUGAUGGAGGGUAUGAUGUCGCGGAUGGGAAGAUUCUAGUGUGUGUCAAGAGCAUUGGGGCUAGGACGAAGGUUGAGAACAAAAGGGGUACUACUGAACGCAUCAACAUCGGCCUCUUCGACGAUACGGCCGAGGCUACCUUGACACUCUGGGGCUCUACCACCGCGUCUGCGGUACCGUGGCGGCCAUCUCAUACUGUGCUGCUCAUCACGAACCCUGGGUGGAGAAUCGAUCGGAGGGCGUGGAUCUCCGUGACUGCGAACACGCAUGUUGACGUGGAUCCGUUGAUCACGGAUGCUAUUUGGCUGCGAUCAUUUGCGCAGCGAUUGACUAAGAGGGAUCAUGUGAAUCCGCCAUUCCCCGACGGAGUCUUCGACACCGAAGCAGCGGAGAGCUCUCAAGUACGCAUCCUAUACAGGCUCGCAGACAUCGAUGAAUUCGCUCGCGCGGCACCAAAAGAGAAAUUCAUGGGCUUCCUCAGCAUCAUAAUCAUGGACCUCCACAUCGUCACCAACUUCAAACGCAACAUGCUCAUGUGCACGGAAUGCUGCGGCGUCCCCCUCUACGCCAACGCCGUAACCGCGAAGUGCAAACAAUGCGAGAAAUACCAGCCACUCCGCAUCAACCCGCGCAUCCUCGGCACCCUAGCCGACGAAACCGGCGCCCUCGCCCAGGGCAAAGUGCUCUUCUCGGACGCGGCGUGGGAGCAGUUGCUCGGCCGGUCGGCGUUUCAGCUCGUUAGUUCGAGUGCGGAGGUGCUGCGGUAUCUGGAGCAGAGAUUGCUGUUUUUGAGGGUGAGUUUGUGUUUUGGGUGGAGUUUGUAUGAGGAGGGAGGUGAGGAGGUCGGGCGGUUGUGCGUUUGGGGCGUGAGGGUGUAGCUGGAAUCGCAGACGUGGAGAUCAUCAUCUCGGAGGCGAGGGUGACCGAGUCGAUCAUGAGCAUGUGAGAGGAUUACGGGAUAAAGAAAACAUAUACCAGAAGUAUCAAGACAGCAUCGACAGCCCUUAUGAAACAUUCUAGUCUCCU